ACUCUCAGUGAUUCCUACACGUUUCUUCUUUUCUGGCAUUGAGCUAGUUAUUCCGGUUGCCAUAGCCGGUGCCACUCUGUCGAUCCUCUGGAAGAAUCUGCAAUUAAGGGUGAUUCAGACCGUGAAGAUAGAAAUGGAAAACAUGACAGUGUAAUUAACUUUUGAAUUUUUUGUUCAUUUAAAGCAUUGGUUUUUCUUUAAUUUUCUAGGCUGAUGUUUGUGGUUAUGGUCCAGAUUGUUGGUUGUUUUAAUUUGUCCACAGGAAUGCAAAACAUGGAUUAGAGUUCUGUUAGGUGUUAUGGUUUCCAUAGGGUUUGAUUGCUGUAUUUGUAGGCCAUCCAUUGGCCUUGAAACACCUAACAAAAUGCUCAUCGAACAAGCAAAAAGCAAUUGGGAAGGCACUGUCACCAAGAAAAAUUAAGAAUGAUUCUGGUUUUAAUUUCUUGGAGGUGCUCAAUUUCAGUCAGCUGGGAGAAUGAUAGGAUGUUGAUCAGUCUAUAAUACCUUGAGUAGGUCACUUUCUGUUGAGUUGUCAUCCACUAAGCUGUACCACAGACUCUAGGGACAUCUCAACUCAUAGUGACUCUAACUCCUUGAAAGUCUGUUUUGAGUAGAAUUAUGAUUAAGCUUGAAAUUCAUUUAAAAUAGACAUGCUUUUCUAUAAUUCUUCUUAUUUCUCAUUUCCAUUAUCAAUGCUACUUGAUGAUGCUCUUGUAAUUAACAUCAAAGUUCUCAUGUUGUAACAAAUGAAUACAAGGAAAUCAAGAUGAAAACAGAAAGUGUCAACCAUGACAACCAGUAGCUAACAAUGGAGAUAAAUGGUAUGGUAUUGUAGACCCAGUGGUGGCGAACGUGAUUUGCUCGAUAUGUUUUUUGUCUUGAAAUGGUGAUGAAGAGAUUUGAACCCACUUUCCAACAUAGGUCACAUCUCUCCUGACAAUUCAGCCAACACCAGCAGUGUCAUUUGCGCUGGCAACCCAGUGAUGAUAUGGCAAGUCUCCGAAGUGAAGAAAUUUCAUCCAGAUCAAUCAAUGCAAAGUGGAAGAUGCAUAAAUAUUUAAGGCGAUCAAGUGAGAUAUUCUGUCAAAUUAGUUGCUAACUAACAGACAUGAAAUGUGUGGAAGGCCAAGUUAAACUUGCUAAUGUUGUCUUGAAUUUUGAUUGCAACAACGGAUGCAUUUGCUAUUGAGUACAAAAGAGCGAUGUGAGAUUGGGUGUAUUGGGAAGCUUCUGUCGAAGCUAGGGUCGAGAUUGUAACAGUUGUAUCCAUUUCUUUACAUUGUAAAGUUUCUAUUCGGCUCUUCCAAUGAAAUUUUGUAAUUGUUCUUUUAUCGUUCUUUCAUCAUCUCUUUUUGUAUCAAAAGAGUUGAGAACGUGAAAAUUGCACCAAAUUGGAAUUAAUGUUUGUACUUCAA